ACGCGCAACACCCAACAGAUAGUUAGAUACAAUUUUUACUCCAUUGGAUUUUCAUAAUUAAAGGUCGCCAACAAAACGUUUUUACGCCUUUUACAACCAACUACCAAAAAUCAAAAAUAAAUAAAAGAAACAACAAUAAUAACAACAACAAACGAAAAUAUCACUCGUACUUUUAUUUUUGUCUCUCAUUUACAGUAAAAUUUUAUCAUUUUUAUUUAUUUAUCUUGAAAUUUUUAUCUGUGUGUGAAUGAAUGAAUGGUUAGAUGUAAAGAAGAAGAAGAAGAAGAAAAAAACUACUCGAUACUUAAGUAAAAUUGUAUCUAUGAGUUUGUAUUGUAUUGUCUUGUGUUAACUUAAAUUGAGAUUAAAACUGAGGCUGAAGCUGAAACCGAGCGAGCUGUGGUGCGUGUUGAAAUAUUUAGCAUAUUUUUAUAAGCGUUGAAGACGCGCAGACGCAAUUCAUAAUCGUGCGAUCGGACAAGUCGGUCGGUCGUUCCAUAUUUAAAACGCGCUUGUUUUAAUGGCAACAAAACGUUGAAAUAUACCAAACGGAAAGUAAAAGUUAAAAGCGAAAAGAAAAUUAUUAAAAAAAUUUAAAAGAACAACGUAAAAAAUACGUUACGAAUUUUAAAAUUUUACAAAAAAAAGUUCUUUAAAAUAAAAUUUACCAAAUUUUAUGAAAAAAUUAUUAAGAAAACAAAAAAUAAAUAUAAAUAAUUAAAUAUUGCAUAAUAAAAUUGUGAAAAAAAUCAAGAAGAAAAAAAUAAAUAUUAGUAAUAAAAAAAAAAUUAUUAAACAAAUAAAUCAAAUAAAUGGUGUAAACAAAUAUUUACUCUUGGCUAAAGUGAAAGUUAUUUUUUUACCAAAAAAUAAUUUUUUGUCAUUUAAACCGUAAUAAUUUAAAACAAAUAUUUUAACGAAAUCCGAAAAAAAUACAACAAUAAUUAUAAUUAAAAUAAAACAAAAAUGCAUGUGUUUAAUUUAAGCCUAUUAUGGGCUGUACUGCUAGUCCAUAUCACUUGGACUCAGGCAGCCAUCGAUCAAAAUAAUGCCAGUGAAUUGACAAAAUUAACAAAUAUAACAAAUCUGCUCAGUGUUAGUAGUGAUCAAAUAACUCCUUUAAAUUUACGUCUUCACGAGGUAAACCUUUCAAUAAAUUCUGCAACACCCUCGGAUGCUGGCAUAGUGACUAAUAUCGAUUUAACGAAUACAUUACGCCUUAAGGAUUUACUUAAUGUAUUCGAUCUGAAUGUCAUCGCUUCACAGUGGAUUAAUAUUAGAAGCGAAUUUUCAACAAAUUGUUCACAGGAUAUUUAUAAAUAUUUACAAGGAUUAAGCAAUUCCACAUUGUGGUCUGUUAAGAUGGAUGAUGCUUCGGGACAUUAUGCUUCUGGUUUCUUUUAUGGCAACAACUAUUGGAUGGGUUCAAUGUCUCUAUGUAGAGCAGUCUAUCAUGAUGACGAUGAAGAGGAUCAAAUACGCCGAGAAACUGCCAAAAAUUCCGGUUUACCAUUUGCCAAAGCUCAUACGCAAACUUAUACAUCAGUCUAUAAUGAAAAUCCACCUUUUAUUCCGGGAUUUUAUAUUAUUAAAAUGCUCCUGAAUGAAACAUAUCCUACAAGUGUUGUUCGAACUGUUUAUGUGGGUGUCUGUUUGCCCUCGUCUUGCUCCAGUGGAGAUGUUAAAGAAUUGGCCAAAAAUGCUUAUAGAUCAAUAGAAUCACGAGCCAUUAAUAUAUUGGAUGUACGAGUACCUACCGAUCGGGAAUUUAAUAUAUUUGAAGAUCGUACUUUUUGGAUAUUAAUAAUUGUAUCAACAAUUGUAUUGCUCUUAAUUCUAACGGGAACCAUGUAUGAAGUAUUUUUAAGAAGACAAUUGCGCGAAGCUUUGCGACAACAAGACAAGGAAAUGAUGAAUAACAGUGAAACUUCUUCGGGUAUUGGUUGUGCUUCCUCCGACUACAGUGAUUCGGUGACGAAUGAAUCCUUGAAAAAAGAAUCUCUUAAAGAAUUGAAUAUAGUCCUUAACUUGCCACAUACUGUAACAAAUAUUAAUGGUGUUAUUGCCAGCAAUAGUACAUCCGAUGAACAUCUAGAAGGGCAUUUACAUGAACCCGAGAAACUAAGCAUUUAUUCUGAGCUGCUGUUAUCCUUCUCAGCCAUAACAAAUUUCAAUGCCAUCUGUGAUCGUAAUGUUGGUUCCGAUACUAUACCAUCUAUACAUGGUCUAAGAGCCUUCUCAAUGGCCUGGGUUAUAUUGGGUCAUACUUGUAUUGUCAUAUUUAAAUAUUCCGAUAAUUUGGAAUUGCGUAAAGAUGUAGAAAAGAAUUUCUUCUUCCAAGCUAUCACUAAUGGACCAUUCAGUGUGGAUACUUUCUUCUUUAUCAGUGGUUGUUUAGUAUCAUAUCUGUAUUUCCGCACAAAUGCCAAGGGUAAAUUAAAUAAACUGGCCAAGGGUACCAACGAAUUUACCAGAUGCACAGCACACUUUUUCGGUUUGGUUAUGUACCGUUUUAUGAGAUUAACCGCUCCUUAUUUGUUUGUCUUGGGCGUGGUGCAAGUGUCAAUGAAAUAUUUGGCUACCUAUUCUAUUUUUGAUCCUCCCACUAAUGACCACAUUACCUGUCCCGAUUAUUGGUGGCGCAAUAUGCUCUAUAUUAACACUCUAUUUCCCGUGGACCAAAUGUGCAUGCUUUGGAGUUGGUAUUUGGCUAAUGAUACACAAUUCUAUAUAAUUGGAGCCAUAAUACUGAUAGUAUCAGUACGUCACUUUAAGUUAUCAGCUUUUACAACUUGUGUUUUCCUUGUUCUCUCAUGGAUAACUACUGCCGUCAUUGCUUUUACCAACAAUCAUCGUCCCGAUUCUGAUGAUCCUUUGGCCUUGUUCGAUAAAAUUUAUGAUAAACCCUGGACUCGUUUGGGUCCCUAUUUAAUAGGCAUGGCUGUGGGUUGGAUUCUUUUCCGCACAAGUUGUAAAAUACGUUUAUCGAAACCAACAGUGAUUACUGCCUGGACUUUGGCAUCCCUGAAUUUGUUCGUCUUAGUGUUUGGUCUUUAUCGUGCCGAACUCUCACAACUUACUGCUGCUCUAUACAGUUCUCUAAGUCAUUCGGCGUGGGCUUUAUCCUUGGCCUGGAUUACUAUUGCCUGCUCUACGGGUUAUGGAGGCUUUGUGAAUACUUUGUUGUCAGCUCCAUGCCUUUAUCCCUUCUCCAGAGUUACAUACUGUGCCUAUUUGGUUCAUCCCAUUGUUAUACGUUCAAUGGCAUUGAAUACGGAUUCACCUUUACAUUUGGGUGGUGAUACAAUGGUUGUCAUGUUCUUUGGAUUUGUGGUGGCCUCAUAUUUACUCUCCUUUGUGGUAUCCAUGUCAUUUGAGGCCCCUGUAGUAACAAUGCUCAAAAUUUUAUCUCCUAGUCGAAAAAAGCGUUUAGCUUAAUUUAUCAAUAACUAAAACAACAACUACGCUUGCAAUUGUUUUAUAUAUUUUAAUUAUGUACAUAAUUAUUUGUUAAGUUUAUUAAAACAAAAAAAAAAAAAACUCGAAACGAAACACUCCUCUAUUUAUCAACGAACUAAUAAUAAAAAAACAAAAAAACUCAUCAUACAUUUUUCAAGAUUAUUUAACACAAAAAAAAUAAAUCAUUAUAAAAUUAACAUUAUUCGAAAAGAAAUCGUCUAAAUUAUAAAACAAAUAUUGUCUAUUUUAUUAUGUACUUAUGUAUUUGUAUAUUUAUAAAAUUAAGAAACUUUUCACAAAAAAAAAAAAAACGAACAAACUCUUGCUAUUUCUUACUUUUUAUUUAAAUUAUUCCAAAGGAUUAAGGUCGUUUAUAAAACAUUUUACAUUUUUUUAACACAUUUCAAAUACACGCCAACAUACAUGAUCAUUUCAUUACUAUCUACUUUGUUAAAAGAAAACAUUUUAAUUAUAUGUAUUAAAUAUUUGUAAUUAGAAAUUAAUUAAUAAAUAAUCAUAAUGUUUGUUAAUGAAAAAAUUCGUAUGUAUACAUAAUGUGUAUGUAAUACAAGUUGUUAUAUAAAAAUAUUUUUUAAUUUAAAACAUAAACAA